AUGUUGCAAUUACACAGUAGAAAAAUUCCACAAGUGUUAAAACAGUGUUUGGCAUCCGAAUGUGCUGCGCAUCCGUCUUCUUCAAGCGAAAAUCCAAAGCCACUGGAAACACUUCCAUAUGUUGAAUACAUUAAGAAGAGAUGGCCAGACAAGCUUCUAAAAAUGGAUAAGCAGAUAGAGGGACUAAAUAAUGAGAGGAAAGAAUGCAGGAACGAUUCGAAGGUUCUCCAUUUUCUAAAAGAUCUCAACUCGUUUAUUCUUAAUAAAGACGCAGUCGAGUUACUUCCUGUCGGUUCCAUGGUCACAAAUUUCGUCAACAAACAAUCCGACUUUGAUUUUGUUUUCUUCCCAAAACGAGAAAUUCCGCGACUCCGAUUUCUGAGAGACUUCCAUCAAAACCCAAGUUUCAAACAGAACUUCAUGUCAGUAUUCGCAAAACUGAUCACUCGAGAGAGUGAAAAACUCGGCGAACCAGUGGAAAAAGUUGUGGAGCUGCCGAGAAUGCGAGUUCCAUUGUUGAUCAUUAGAUACGCGUCUGGCCUGAGUAUCGAUAUUCAAUUUCCAGAAGAGAAUUAUCAUGCACUCAGGAACACUCAUUUGAUGAGAAUGUAUAAAGCGUGCGACAAUCGUUUCACAUUGCUGUUCCUAUGGUUGCGAGCAGUUUGCGACAAGUUGGAAGUUCGAAAUAGCAAGUAUGGCCUCCUCUCUUCCUAUCACCUCCUUCUCCUUGUGAUUCACUUCUUGCAAAGUGAACAAGCCCUCUCGCCAUGGCCAGUGCUUCCAGUGCUUGCGAAAACCCAUCCAUCCCUCGUCACAUCUGAAAUUCCUAUAAAAAAAAUCGCCGAACUCAUCAGGUCCGAGAAUCCAUGCCCAGAAGAUUUCUCGUGGAAGUCACAUAACAAGAUGGCUGUUAGCGAGCUGAUCAUUCGAUUCGUUGACUAUUAUUCUCAUUUCAAUGCUGCCAAAGAGGCGAUUUAUAUUGAGAAAGGAUUGGCACAAAAGAGGAAACAAGUGUUCGGAGACGUUCGGCUUCAAAUCAUCGAUCCUUAUUCUCCGGUUUCUGUUUGUCGGUCACCUCAUGCUAGUUCUGCGUUCUUUGCAGCUAUUCAAUUCACAAGGAAACAGUUUAAGAAUGGUCACAUGCUUUCGAGCCUUCCCGAUGUUCCUGAAGCAGCCCAAUUCCUUCGCGAGAAUAAUUUCUCAUCAUGGCGAACACAAAUGUCCGACAAAGUAAUUUUAUAG